AUGAAGAGGCGACUAGAGAUUGGACUCAUGCGCAGAUAUUCCACUUCUAUGAAUAUUCCUCGUCAAAUGGCGAUAAAAAACCAUCUAGAAGGUUUGAAUGGACCUCAGCGUCAAGCGGUAAUGUUUCCGCCAAACAGCCCACUUCAAAUACUUGCCGGACCCGGCACUGGAAAAACAAGAGUUCUGACUUCACGCCUGGCUAAUCUCGUUCUCAAUCAUUCGUAUCUUCCGUCAUCAAUAUGUGCCGUUACAUUCACGAGAAAAGCUUCAAAAGAAAUGAAAGCAAGGCUAUAUCAAUACCUUGAUUCAAAUGCCACUGAAGACAUUAAGCUUGGGACUUUUCAUAGCGUUUGUUUAAACUAUCUGCGCAGCUACGGGACCAUGGUCCACGUAGAACCAGGUUUUUUGGUCUGGGAUGAAGACGAAUGUAUCCUGGUUCUCCGGCAUCUUUCAGAAAAAGCAGGCAAAGAUCUUACAAAGGAUUUUUUAGCUAAAGAAUUAUACGAAAUGUUUUCAAAUGUGAAAGAGAAGGUGAAAAUCACCCCGGGCGCUGCAAUAGAUUCCAUGAUAAAAGAAGAGCUCAAGCGAAAGAGAGAAGACCAUAACAGCUCAGCCCACGAUAGCCCUCAAAUUCAGCUCCAAUCAAAGCUUCUCCUUGAGCUCUAUUAUUCCUAUUCUCAUACGCUGAGAGCUUCCAACGCACUUGAUUUCACAGACUUGCUUAGCAAAGGGCUGGAUCUACUUCAGGCUGUACCUUGGGCAAGGGAAGUCGGUCGGUUGAAGCAUGUGCUUGUAGACGAAUUUCAGGAUACAAGCUCACUUCAAUAUCUGAUCGUUAAGGAGCUUUUCAAGGCCACCAGAGGGUCAAUAAGUGUGGUUGGCGACCCCGACCAGUCGAUUUACAAGUGGCGAGGAGCAGAUGAUACUGUUUUUCGACAAAUGAAGAAAGACCUCCCGAAAACGAAGGAGAUAUACCUUGAAGAAAACUAUCGAUCAACCGCCUCAAUCAUUAAAACUGCAAUCGAUAUCAUUUCCCAAGACGAGACAAGACCACCUAAAGCUCUUUUUACAUCUUACACUCCCCAUGGCCCCAAGCCCGUAAAAAAAAGCCUCGACAUCAAACAUGAAGAGGAGGCUUAUAUUGUCGAGGAAAUUAAUCGCAUAGUCACGAACUCUGCUGAAACUAUUGAUUACGGAGAUUGCGCCAUUCUUUUCCGGGACAACCGGUCAGCAGAUCAGUUUUCUCAAGUAUUGUUCAAGGCUGGCAUCCCAUAUCGACAACUUCCUGAGCCGUCAUUAAUGGAGCAAUUUGAAGUUAUAAGUCUGAUUGCAUUUCUACGGCUCGCAAUCAACGAUGCGCAUACUCCAAUGGUAAUACGAGCACUGAAAGGGCCGCUUGCGCUUGAUGAAAAGGCUAUUACGGAUCUUAUGACUCGCUCUGCCGGGCAUCGUAUUACCUUGUUUGAUGCCUUGCAACGCGUUCGAGGUGGUUAUGACCGGGAUACUAAUCCAUCUUGCAUAAGCGCCUCAAAUCUUUUGACCAGGAUACUUCGUCAUCUUAGAGACUUCAUGCAUCAGGGGGCGAGCCCAGCAGAUCUGCUUCAUUAUAUCAUUGAGGCUACCAAUUACCACGAAUUUCUCAUGCAAAACUUUACGAAGAAUUACUCCCGGCGUGCUCGGAAUGUACAGCGAACUAUACAGUAUGCUAAGCUUUUCAAAGGGAAAAAAGAACUUGGGCCAAUGCCAGUACGAUUGUUCCUUGAUUUCAUGAGGGAAUUGUCUCGAGUCGAUGAUUUCAAUACCGGGAAAGUGACUCUCUUGACUUGUCAUUCUGCAAAAGGACUCGAGUGGCCCGUGGUUUUCGUCCCAAGUGUUGUUGAUGGUGUAUACCCUCAUCACAAGUCGCAGUCAAUUAGCAUCGACGAGGAACGACGACUUCUCUAUGUUGCCUGCACUCGGGCUCAAUGUUUACUAUACCUAACUCGCUCGGAGACAAAAUUGAUCAACCAAAGGGCCCUAACAAUCUUUGCAACCACAGGCAUCCCAGUGGAAGUACAACAAUAUGAGUCUGAGUUCACUGAACAUCUAUUGCCAGAAACGUACCAAGAUGAAGCGCCCACGAUGGACACAAAAGCUCUCGAUCUAUUCAGAAAAAUCCUCGGGCGUAACUAG